UGUCCAGACUCUGAGGAAAGCUUCACUGUGUCCCUCUAUGACUUUCCAUCAUUUGGUGGAACCGAGUUGGUCAUGAGCAUCGGGGAGAGGCUUACAAUCUUAUCAGAUGACGGAAAUGUUUUGAUGGUAAGAUCAACUACCACAAACAGAGAGAUGUAUAUUCCAGCCAGCUAUACUGCUAAAGUUACACAUAGAUGGCUGUUCACUGGUAUCAGCAGGCACAAAGCAGAAGAGCUCCUCAUGAGACCUCAAAACCACAUUGGAGUCUUCUUGAUCCGACAGUCAGAGUCAAAACCAGAAUGUUUUUCUCUGUCUGUCCGGUGGAGAGUCAAUAUUUUGUACUCAGAAUGUGUGAAGCACUACCUCAUCUUACGACACCAAAAUGGCCGAGUCUUCAUAACGCCAAAACGCUCCUUCUCCUCACUAAAACAUCUGGUGGAUUAUUAUUCAGAGUUUGCAGAUGGACUUUGCUGUCGGCUGAAUGGUCCCUGCUUCAUUCGGGGUUUGGAUGUCCCCAGAGACAACAGGCUUGUCCUACCCAAAGUCAACAGGAGGUCCAGCAACAAGUGGAAAGAUGCUAGCAGAUCUAUGAUUCUGAAAAGGCGAACAGGAUCUGACAACUCACUGGUGAGUGAGGGACUGAGAGAGGCCAUCAGCUCUUACCUCCAAAUGACGGAAAGCAACAAUCAUGGAUGGGACACGAGCUAA